AACGAUCAAAACGUUAUUUGCAAAUGGCCAUCGGGUGAGAAAUGGCUCCAGUAUGUGUGAAGUAUUUUUCUAACUCAAAAUUCGGCGUUGAAUGAUUGUCGCGAUCGGCGAAAAACGUUUGCAAGUGCUACCGGAACCGUUCGUGCGUAAGUGACUGGUGUUAUUUAGUGAAAUUGUGCUGCGGAAAUAGUGAAAAUCACGCAUUUUACUUUCCUUCCCAUCGCCCGAGAGCAGUGUUCACAAUUCCUUCAGUGCGUGCUCCGCUGCUGCUGCUGCUGGUGGUAUCGUGCUCGUACAAUACACACGCACCGUUAGUUUCGAUCUGGCAGCACUAAUAUCUGUACCACACCAUACCAGUAUCGUAGCUGUCUCGCGCGGUGCGAAGGCGAUUUUUUCGCUGUCCGUUCGUUCACAGUGCUCUGCUUUUCUCAUGUCCCCAAAAUAGAAAUUUCAAUAUGUGAUGUAUAUUAGUAUUUAAAAACGGUAUAGUGAACCCGAAUAAAAGAAGGAAAAGUUGAUUUCAUAUAUAGGAUAAAAGUGCAAAAAAAACUUACAUUACGGUGUUUUCAAGGAUAGAAAGUGCGGUACAGUCUGCCAAUCAAACGAGAGUGUACAUUGCAUUAAGGGAGAAGCCAGUGACGCAAGUGAAAAAAAAAACAUACGAAGAACAGGAAGCAGCCCACUUGACGACAACCAAUAUCCAGUAAGAUUGUGUUGACUGCUCGGGUCCUUUGGCCAAUUUGGUGCGUCCUGCCUGCCAGGAAUAAGUGCAUGUAAACAGUGAUCUAAGUCAAAAGUGAUUAUUUUCUUGAUAAAGCACAAAUACACCAGAACGAUCGUACAGUUGCAUAAUUGAGUGAAUACCGAGGGACAAUAAAACUGGUGUUCUUGUCUCUCGCCAUCGCCGUGUGUGGAUGCAAAACAUCACUCAUAUAUUCUGCUGAUGAAAACAAAAACAACAGUAAAAAUAGACGAGAAACACAGUCGACGGAAGCAGUAAAACACUAUCCCUGAGCGACACUAUUGCCACAGCCACGGUUUGAAACGAUAACGACGGCAGUGGUGUUUGUGGUGGAACUUGGGAUAAGAGUUUUCUACGAUCAACACACCUCUACAGUCACGCUUAUGAUACAUCGCACUUCAACCCAAUUUGUAGUAUCAGAAUAGGCAAAAGAAUUGCAAUAGUUUGUUACACACGCCAAGAGUAACCAUAAUCAGAGUACAGCAAAUAACAGAAAAUGCAAAUCUUCAUCUCUAGUAUCGAAAAUCAUACAAAGAAUUUAGACGUAUUAAUAGCGAUCCUUAAUAUUAAGAAAGUGGAAGACAACAUCAUCAGUACUGUUACUACUACCGCUACAGUGAAAUCUACUAUUACUCCUACUAUUUCUUCAACUAUUACAAAAACUACUCAAGAAUACACAAACAAGUCUGAAUACGCUUUUAAGAAAUCACUUAAUAGUCUGCUAAGUUCAAACAAAAACGGGACACAUUUCAAGCACGAGACGCCAGUGAAAGCGAACAAGACCUACCAGCUGCUCUCAUCCAUUCAACAGGGACUACCACUGUUACUACAAUCGAUCGAUGAGUCUGAACAACAAUCAGGGAUUGUAUCCGAUAUUAUACUAAUUGUUAGUGAUAAUUCAACUAUUUGUAACAGUGUUGCAAAAUCCAGCAUCGAUUGCAAAACAUCCGUGGUGGUCGUACGAGAGCAGCAGCAGCAUUCAGUUUGGUCUCCAGCGAAACAAAAUUAUGCACUGAUUGAAUAUUGGCCACAAGGAGGAGCACCAGGUGGCAACGCUACUGAAAUGAAAUCCAGUAAAGGGAAUUCGACACAUUUCAAUCAUCUGAUCAGAAGCAUGAUGAAUGAUAAUGACACUGUGAAUAUGAUAUGUGAUUCAAUUGAUUACCUGAUAACAGUAAAUACUAAUCAUAGCAUAGUGAUUGAUGGAUAUAGAAGCUUGAUCUGUAAUGACCAAAAUGUAGUUGUUAAGGAUAAAAACGAUGAAGCCAUGGCAGAUAAUGCAAACGAUGCUAAUACUUCCGAACAAGCCAAACGAACCUCGAAACUAGUAUCAACGUACAUUAAGUUUGAUGAUUUACUGCGUAUGACAGAGUGGGAAAAGAACGUGAACAGAGCAGGCAUUAUGCCACGGAUGAGGCUUUGCGGUGGUGGAGAAGACUCUAUCAACAACGGUACUAAUGCAUGGGGUGCACCAGGCAAUAGUAAUCCAGGCAGCUCGUGGGGUACUGUGAACCCACAACAAGUUGGUGCAUGGGGUAACAAUCCGCAGGUAGGACCAGGAGUUUCCGGUGCAAAUUUGAAACAACAACCCCCUCAGCAAUCUGUUUCUGGUGGAGCAGCAAAUGCUCCUGGUGGACUUUCUGUUGCGGAAAACGCCGAACCAAAUGCAUGGGCAGGAGGCAAUCCAGUGAAUCCCAAUAGUAAUAACGCACAAAAUCCAGCAUCUAGUGUUAACAAUGCAUCCAGCAACAGUGCCAACUCAAUUCAAGCACAGCAGCAACAACAGCCAUCUCAAGCAACAUCAGGGGAAACACCAGCGGUACAACCGAAUCCUAAAUUGGAGCGCCUCAAUACAAUGAUAGAGGCUCUUCAUGCGUUGGAUGGUUGGGGCUCGGAGAAUGUGAAUCAAGACUCUAGAUGGGACGUUCCAGCAUCUCCGGAACCAGGAUCGAAGCCCGAUCCAAAUAGUGCUACAAGUGGACCCCACGCCGGAAUCCCUAUGUGGAAAACCAACACAGGCACAGAAAUUUGGGAAGCAAAUCUACGUAAUGGAGGCCAAAUGCCCCAACAGGCACCAGUGCAGAAGACACCGUGGGGUCCUUCUACCAACAUUGGCGGAACAUGGGGAGAAGAUGAUGAUGCUAAUGAACCUGGCAGUGUUUGGAAUGGAGCUGCCAGCAUGAAUCCAGCUACGGCUGCUACCCAAAGUGGACCAUCUCAACAGCCUCCCUGGAAUGCUGGUAAUAUGUGGGGCCCCGGGGGAGUUGCUCCAGGUGCUAUUAAGAAGGAUAAUGAAUGGGGAGGAGCAGCUGGACCUGCUGGUGGAUGGGACCAAAGAAAUGUACCUCCAUUGGGCGCUCCGGGAGCAAAUACCGGAAUGGAUCCUACCAACGUUGAUUUACGAAAUAUGCGUAUUGCUGGUGCGAUGGACAGUAACAGAGAGAUUCGAGGUGAUCCUCGAGGCAUUUCCGGCCGAUUAAAUGGUAACGUGAACCUUUGGGAACAACACCAAUUACCUGGUAUGGCUCCGAAUAAAAUUCCCCAAGCUACAACACCGAGUACGCCCACUGCAGGCCCUCAGUGGCCGACCGGUCAACUCCCCACUCAUAACAAAAUGCCAACUGGUUGGGAUGAUACGUCUACCCCAGGAGUACGCAGAAACGUGGAUGAUGGAACUGCCCUUUGGGGACAAGGAAACCUCAGUCGACAGAACUCCAACGUUUCCAACUGGAAGGAUGGUCCGGAAGGUAUUCAACGCAACUCUCAGCAAAGAAAUUCAAUUGUUGCCGGAAACUUACCAGGUCCGGCUAGCAAUCGGUUAGGAAACGCAGGUCCUAUCAAACCAGAUAAUCUUUGGGGACAAAAUAACAGCGCCGGCCGUGGUGGAGGCGGCUGGGAUGAAUCUUCCGGAAAUAAUUGGGAUGACAAAAAUUCAGGAUCGCUUUGGAAUGACAAUGCAUCCGGCGCUGGUUGGAAUAAAAAUAAACAGAUGGGAUCGAACUGGAACGAGCCCGGUUCCGAUAUGAAUUCCGACUGGGGAAUGCACAAUAACGUAAUGAACAAACCACCCAACAAAAUUAAUCCGCUGGAAAUCAUCAGAAGCAGCAAACACUACCGAAUAUUGUGUGAAAUGGGCUUCAAAAAAGAAGAAGUUGAAACAGUUCUUCGCAUUUGUAACAUGAAUCUUGAAGAAUCCAUUGAAAUGCUUCAACGGAAUGGUUCUUCUGCUGAUUGGCGACGACAAGAUGACCACGGACCUGGUUUUGGUGGUCAAUUUGGAGACAGAUUCUCAUCCGGUGGAAAUUCAGCAUUGCCGUUUCCUCAGGCUAAUCAGAACCCACUUGGCGGUUUUGGUGGAAAUCCAAAUAUCAACUCAUUCAACAAUAUGAAAUUUGGUGCUGGCCAUGGUGGCCCUAACGGAGCGGUAAAUGGUCCGUUCGGCCAACCUCCCUCUGCGCUCAACCAGAAUGCACAAUCUCAACCCUCGACACAACAACUUCGUAUGCUAGUCCAGCAGAUUCAAAUGGCCGUACAACAUGGUUACUUAAACCAUCAAAUUCUUAACCAGCCACUUGCACCGCAAACAUUACUAUUGUUAAACCAAAUGUUGAAUCAUAUCAAGCAAUUACAAGUUAUGCAAAGCAAUCUGAAUCGAAGUGGCGGCGGCGGAGCCAACGCUGUACAAAUUUCCCUUGGAAUCAAUAAGCUCAAAUCGCAAAUCGGUAAUCUGCAAAGUCAGAUAACCGCUCAGCAAUCAAUUUAUGUGAAACAACAGCAGCAACAGAACAACCCGAACGCAGUUCCAGGCGGUGGCCAUCCAGCAAAUGACUUAUUCCGUACGCCAAAUGACCUUUCCGGCCUGCCGGGCGCCUUCUCUGACAUGUCGUUAAAGGAUAACGGCAAUCCGUUCCCAUCGUCGACAGGAAGCACUAGUCAGCAAUCUCGAUUGAACCAAUGGAAGCUUCCAGCGACCCCGGCAGCUGACAAGGACUCAGAUCUCACCGAUUUCCCUCGAGCCCCUGGAACUAGUUCAAAGCCUUCUGGACUGGGCGUAAUGGAUGAUGGCACUUGGUCCAAUGGUCGAUCAAAUACCGGCGAUGGUUGGCCAGAUUCCAACGCACACGAUAACAAAGAUUGGACUGGAGCUGCGGAUGCUUUUACUGAUUUAGUGCCAGAAUUUGAACCGGGUAAACCAUGGAAGGGUACACAAACCACUCGUAUCGAGGAUGAUCCUACCAUAACACCAGGAAGCGUUGCGCGUUCUCCACUCUCCAUAGCAGCUGCCAAAGAAUCGAAUUUAUUUGCCAAUAGCAAUAAUAACAAUAAUAUUAACAAUAACGCUACCAAUAGCAAAUCCUCGCCGACUGAAUCUAUUUCGUCCUCAACCUGGAGCUACAACCCGAACAACACCCAUGGUGGUUUCGGGGGUUCUAAACUGUCGAAAAAUCCUUGGCCAGAUAGCAUAGUUCCUCCCUCGGACUUAUGGGACAAUCCACUUGGCAAAGGUCGAGUGGGUCCACCCGGUUUGAAAUCGGCUGGCGCUAAAUUAGAUUCUAAUGGGUGGUCCUCCCACUCGGCAAGCGGUGGUGGAGCUGGUUGGAAUAGUGGAGCUGCAACGUGGUCAUCUACUUGGAUUUUGCUCAAAAAUCUGACGGCACAGAUCGACGGUCCAACACUACGAACGUUGUGCAUACAGCACGGUCCAUUGCUAGCCUUCCACCUGUAUCUCAACCAUGGUAUUGCCCUGUGUAAAUACUCUACACGUGAAGAAGCGAAUAAGGCACAAAUGGCGCUGAACAAUUGCAUGCUGGGCAGCACCACAAUCUGCGCCGAAACGCCCACCGAAGGUGAUGUGCAAAACAUUUUGCAACACCUGGGCCCUCCCAGUGGUUCUAAUGGACUCACCGGCAGCCAGUCCGGUGGCCAGAACUGGCGUCUCGGAGCAGCUGCCCAAUCGCAGUCCGUGCGCACUCCAGCGGCUGAUACGUGGGGUUCGGCAUGGCCCAGCACUGGCGCUGGAUCAAAUCUGUGGGGUCCGCUGGAAGGACCAUCUGAUCGAACGACUCCCGCAAAUUUGAACUCCUACCUACCCGAGAGCUUACUUGGCACCGAUUUGAACUAAGUCGAAAACCGAAAAAAUGCACUCUUUCGACACGGAAAUAGUUAGCUAGGUGAAGAAAGUGAGCCAAGUCUGCAUAGCAUAGAACGAAUUUUGUUGGACAUCAAUGAACGACGGUAGCUGAAGGCCUGGGUUUAUAAAUGAAGUGUCUUUUCAUAGUCAGCGGUUUCGCCUGGCGUAGUAUUAAGGUGUUGUGAAUGUUUUUAUCAUUUUUAAUAAAAGCGAUAUACAAUUAAUAUAUAUUUGAAAAUAAAAACAACAAAUUUGAAAAUUAAAAAAAAAAACAAAGCUGAAGCAACACGAACACACAAAACACUUCAAGUCAAAGAAACGUCUAGUUAUAUGUUUCAAAAUGUUAAGUUUUACAGUUGUAAAUUAAUUUCAUGAGUGAGAGGUUCUGAACCCUCCGAACACAAAGCAUGCAAAUCCUAUUACAUUUAGGUUGCUCUAGGUAUAAGGCAGAGGAGAAUCUGCUAUAUUUCGAUCUUGUGUACUAGCAGCAUUCGUUUCCACCGUUUUUGUACAAAUAAAAAAAAAUACUAAGAAACAUGAGAUCACAGACAAACAGACGUAACACUACGAACAUUUUUCGAUGCAAAUCAUAGUCCCGGAAACCUGUUCGCCCAAUACUAAAUGGACUGAGUUUGGCCGACCAUGAACUAGGUGGCGGUAGUGGGCAAACGUCAAACUCGAACAAAAACGAUGCGAGCGCCACGGGUGGGCAGUUGACCAACUAUCAAAUCUUUAAAUAGACCAUUAAUUCGGUGUACGAUGGGAAAUGUUAGAGUGUUACGUCUGUUUGUCUGUGAUGAGAUGGUGAGAUAAGUGAAUAUGAAUUUCAUUUAAAAGUCACACAGAAUAAUGCACAUUUUGUAGGUGAAAGCAAUUUAUAAGAAAAUCAAAUGUGGUAUUAGACUAUAGAUUGAUAUAAGCAGCAAGUCUGUAAAAAUAACGAAAAAACAACUUUACUGAUGCUAAGAAAGACAAAGAAAAUAUCGUUUGCUACUUUAGGCAACAUGUGUGAGAAGACAAUUAACACAAACAUCUGUUGUAACUUUACUAAAUGAUAGGACCUUAUUCGGUUUGUUCGAACCUGGAAACGCUUUUCAACGAACGCCAUUUAAAACAAAAGCUUUCAAAUUUAAGAGUAUUGUUAACGGUAACGUUACUUGCUAGUACUGCUACUAUUAUUGCUAUUAUUAUAAUUAUUUCAUAAGUUUUCUGGUAGUAACAAGACAUGAUAAUGUAUAAGACAAGGAAUAACACGGAAACAUUGCGCGGAAGAAAACAUAUUUUCCUCAUUUUAUUAUUAUUUUAAAGAGGUGUAGAAAAAUAUUGGUUGUAUUAUUUAUUAAAGUAUGUAUUUUUAUUUUCGUUUUAAUAAUGUUAUCUUUGUACAGAUCAGGUUAUCUGAGAAUACAUUUUUCAUUGACAUUAAUAAACCAGUUGUACAAUGCGAACAUUAUUGAUGAAAUCAAAGUGAUAACGUUCCACUUCAAACACUCGCCCCCCGAACCAACGAUUGUCUUAUUCUCAGCGUCCAUUGUAGUCCGUCAAUUGUUUGGUAAAGCGUGGCGCUAAACAAAUCAAAAUCAGCAAUUUCGUUUGUGUAUUGCAAUUAUGUGGUAAGUGGCAAAAAUCAAAUGCAUAAAAUUAAUUUGUUACUGAUAUUAAACAGGGUGCUUACAAGAGUGUACAUUCGUACAAGCCAAUGCAAAAGGCACAGCUAAUCCGAAGAAAUAGAUGAUUUCUUCCGUGUAGUUGAUAAACGUUAUUGGCUGAUAACGCCAGUAGAAGUAAUUUAAUCUUAUCGCUCCUUCCUCUGCUAGGUGAGUCUGAACCGGCAGCAGUAGUGAGACUACUGAUGUAUUAGCAUCACGCGACUCAACGAAAUAGAUUUUUGGCAUGGUAAUAGAUGUGCACACUGCACGUGAUGGACAGGUAUGUGGCACGGCCAUAGGAUACUCACAACUACGGUACUCGUCAAUUGCUCAAUACACUGAGCACGGACAUAUGGGUUAUUUUUGUUAGUUUUUCCAUUAGACUUUGAUUAUCUUUGUGAAAUGAUGUAUUCGAUAAAUAGUAGUUAUGCUCUUCGAUUUAUAUCUUAUUUUCACCAAGUCUAACUAUAUUCAACAUUCUUAUACCCUUUUUCUGUGUACCGUCUGAUGAUAGAAUUUCAUCUCAAACGUUAGUUACUGUUACGCCAAUAGACGCUUAAAACUGCCAUUCUUAUCCGGAAACCGAGAGUUUUGAUAAUUGCAAAGAUCUAUUAGUGAGACACCUUAGAUUUGAUGGGUAAGUGUAUAUUAUACAUUGUAUGAUGAAAAGCUACUAUUUGAUGUGCUUUUACGAUGGAAAACAAUAGUAAUAGGAGAACUUGUUUUUUUUUGCAGUUUCGUUCUCUUCGUCAUUAAACCUGUUGAACCCAAAGUUUUCCUCAAAUCCUUUCCAAUCAAGCUGAAUUAUAUGACCAAGUUUCAGGCAAUUUAGCCGACAAAAACCCCCAUGACGAAGAGAACAAAUCUGCCGAUAAUACCCAUUGUCACCAUAUAUACAAUAAGUUCCGCUUCUAUAACCUGUGUAAUACAUUGUAGAACUUAAAUGCAUCACAAAAACUUGAUCCUUGGUGAAAUCCCAAGUUUUUUUUAUAUAGGAGCGUUUCAAAUAAUUAAACAUACACUGAAAAAAAAAUCAAAUCCCUAGACAAGCACUCGCAACACUGUAGAAUUUGGCAGUUUUUGAAAGAAUUUAAUUGCAUAUCAUCUUUGCGAAUGAUCCCGUAGUAGAGGUUGAUCUUUUUACCUUUAGACAACGUAUACGUGCUCAAAUAGUAUUUUCGUUAAUAAAUGUAACAUUUAUUGUUUAUUUGUUUGCAUUAAAUCUAAGGUGUGUCACUUGGAUUAGUAGACAUAGUCUUUGAAUAAUUGAUUGAAAUUGCAAAAUGAUGCAAUACUAAAUUGUGAUACCUCCCCCUUGAAUAACAUAUUAAAUCUUAAAUUAUAAAAAACAUCUUCCAUUGAUUUACCAAAUCUUGCAAAUAUGAACGCUUUAUAGUUUAUCUGUAGUUAUAAUUUAAACUUUGAACCUAUUAUGUGCCAAAACGUUAACUAUUGUCCAAACAAAUCCGUGCUAAUAAAAACAUGAGUAAUCCAGUGAGUUGUGAGUAGACCACGUGUUAUUUUGCCCGUUCAUUUAUGUGGUUUGUUUUUGCUUGCCAUUCACAAUGUAUUCCAAAUGAUAACAAAGUAACAUUUCAAACGAGGAAACACAUUAAAACUGAAACAAUGAUUACCCUUAAAACUUAGCCUCCUUAAACAAUAAGUUAAAUUAUUAGCUAAAAAAACUAAAAGGAAGUGAUUAACAAAGUUUUCAGAUUGUCGAAACCGGGGCCCUUUUUUAGUUUACUGUCUUGUGAUACUAACUAAAAACAAAUAUAGGUUUGAAACCAUACUCCAAAGUUAUUUUCUGUAUUUUAUUAUUAAUGCUUGAGUCGAAACGACCAUGAUGUUGUCGUUUGCGAGAAAUAAAUCAGCGAUCAUAAUAUGGCAUUGCACGGGAUACAGGUUUUUGGAAACUUCGCAACGGAAAACGGCCACCCCCGUUCUGUUGCAAUUUGUUUUUCAACCACACACGAAAAACAUAUUUGUUGGAGAACCCUAAGAGCAAUGAAGAUCGCCUGUCUUAAAGUUAAGGGAAAUGAAGCUCUUUCCAGUGUGUCACUUAAAUUUCAUUACUCGAUUGUUUUCUAGUUAAGGGUUUGUACCUACAUUCUUCCAAGUCAGCACAUCAAUACGCUAGUUUUGAUUAUUUUUGCUCACAAUUAAACGUUAUUGUUUUGCCCUACUAUUUAAUUAAUCAAAAAACUCAGAUAUACCAGUUCACGAAAAUAUAGCUUUAAGAGAUCAAACAAAGUGGAAACAUAAUACAUAUAAGAUGCAUCCGUAGCAUGUAAGUAAAGCCAACCGUGUGCUAAAACAUAGAUAUAAAAACUACUAAUAUCGGCUUCAUUUUCUCCCAUUGAGACAAAACCAGUUACAUAAGUACAUAACAUCAGGUACCAUGGUGUAUUUGAAAUCAUAGGCAACUUAUGUUUCAUCUGGUGCAAAAAAAAGUUUUUCGCUUCUCAAAUUCAGAGUAGCUAUUUCGAUCAUAUCCACGUAAAGACGCUAUGUUUCCGCAUACAAAAGCAUUAAUUCCUUAGCUACUACGAACAAAGCAUUUGAAUUAAAAAACCUCAAAUGUAGCCUAGAUUCAUGUCAUGUAAUUUUGAAUGAUGAUUCUAUGGAUGAAAAAGUUCCUGUCACAAUGCUGACAGAAAGACAUUCUUCUAUUUAGCUGUGAAGGCGUAGCGUAUACCGCAAAAUGUGAGUCCGGGUUGGAUUUCUACUUUUUUGCGAUAGCCUUUGGUUAUACAAAAACUUUUCACUCAGCAAGUAAAGUAAAAAUUAAAUUAUUGUAUCUAAAUCCGGAAGGUAAGACUGUAAUUGUUCUGAGUUAUGAUAAAUAUCAAAUAUUCUUCCAGUUUCUUCAACAUUUUACGAUUUUAUGCAAGGAAUAAGUUAAUAUAAAGCCUGUCGUUCAAACUACUUCAAAUUGUUCAAGCAAGCUUCAUAAAUACAAGUUUGAGAGAAACGAGAACCCAAAGAACUUGCUUCAUUUGAUCGAUCCACAUAACUUGGGUCUACUGAAUUUUCAAAAAAAGAAAAACGGUUGGAGAAUUGUAUUCCGGUAUAUGCUCCACGUGAAUCAUUUAUAGUAACUUCACAGCUAAGCGGUCGUACAUUUAAGUAAAAUCAAAGCAUUGUGUAGUCAGUCCUUAUUCAAGCAAAAAUCAUCAUGCAAUGUGUUUCUAAGCUACAUAAGGUGUUGUUUUCUUCAAUCUUCGAGAAGAAAAAACUUGGUGCCAUCGGUAUUCGCCCGUUGUUUCGUAUUUUGUACCAAAUUUCGGAACAACAAACCCUUGUCGAACACUUACAUAUAAAUACUUUAGGCGGUAAUCUAGGUAAUGUAUUUUUUGCAUUCUAAAUUAUUUAAUUGGAAUAAGUAUAAAUUUCCACUUAUUUCGAGAAACCAAUUGCGUCACACCACCUCUCGUCUUGCGCACGAACAUGCCUACAUGGUGCAUACAUCUAAUCUACCGACUCAAAUCAGGCAAUUACAUUACAUACACACCUACUAAAACGAGAAAGAUGCGUAACAAAUUUCUUAAAGAGACUGAAAUGCCAAAUUGAUCAUACCUUUAAAGUAAUGGGAAAGGAUUAAAGAAAUGUAGCGCCUGUUAUUUAUUGUAACGAACUAACACAAAGAAGAUUGAGAAUCGGACUAAUUGUUUCUUAGAUGAAUCUUUUUAUAAGUUUAAAUUUCGGUGAGUAAAAUGCACUAAUGUAUCGUUCAGUGAAUAUUUUUAAAAGUAUUCAAAAAGGUCAACGUGAGGUAUUGAUAGUUCGCAUUUAGCAGCAAUAAAGUGUACAGUACUAAUAGCUGUGUUCGCCAGUCUACCGCUACAAAUGUGCAAUAAACUAUUUAUCGUUGUGAUCGUAAGUGGAGUUACUGGUUUCAGAAUCUUAACCUUUCCUGCUACUGGAUCAAUUCAUUCGAUGUCGGCAAGAUCUAAAUCAAGCCCAAAUUGUGUGAUAUUUUUGAGAUAUUCCAACGUAAAUGAUUAAAAAAAAUCAAAAUUUGCCAUAAUAAUUAUUGUAAUAAAUGAUAUUGUGGAUCGUUUCGAAUUGAUUCUAAGUGUUGAAAGAUACCAUGAUGCGGUUAACAAUACCUUACGUUGCACAAAGGAAACGAAAACGACAUCCAUCGACGUCAUUAGUCUACAAGUUGUACUGGAAAAGCUCAAAAUGUACCCGCGGUCAUUCAAAAAGAACUUGUUACUAGUUACCAAUAUUAAUUCUUAAUUAGUUAAAUUAAAAAGCAAAACUUAACAUCACUCGAAAUAAAGACUCAAUAACAGCUACAUACAAAUGAAGAUGUAUGCAGACAAAAACCGAGACCUUCAUUAAUCUUAUUGCUACAUGACUUGGUAGGAUAACGAUAUGCAUUAGCAAAUUACAAUAUUACUGGACUGUAGAAGAAGUAGAUGAAGACGCACGGUAACUUCACGGGACGUAAAUCUCAUCCCCGCAAAAAAUGAUCCUCGUAUUUCUUAUUUAUUAAGGGUUUUAUUAAUUUAAUUCCGCCGUCAGACCAAUGAAAACCAACGGUUGUUACUAAGCAGAGCUACCUAGGCUAGAAAUGUUUAUUUUUUUUAACAAUAUUAUUUCCACGCUUUUCAUUCCUUAAGAAACAUAAACAUGCUGAGGCACACUGUUACAUCGACAAUUGCUUCCAAUCAUUCU